AUGGGAGGGAACGCCUUCACUUCCCUACCUCAGGAAGCCUUUCCUCGCUUACCCCCUGAGCUAUAUCGAACGUUGAAAGCGUACUUCACGAUUCUUCUUCAAGAUUUGUAUACCCACGUUGCAGUGCCUCGUGAAGCCCCAGAAAAGGAAGAUUAUGGCGAUAUCGAUUUUAUUGUCUGCGCACCAAAGACAGAUUGCUCUCAUAAAGAUAUUCAAGAAGUAUUGGGAGCCGUUCAUGUCAUUCCAUUGCAAGGAAAUAAAACGUCCAAUUUCGCUAUUCCAAUCACCGCACAGUAUGGGGAAUUAAUGCCAGUAAAUGGUGUUGUUUAUUGUCAAGUCGAUAUUAAUGUUUGCGAGGACGUAAAGGAGUGGGAACGUAUUUGCUUUUUUCACUCUUAUGGUGACAUGGGCAUGAUUCUCGGUAUCGUCGCUCUGAACGUUGGUUUAGCGUGGGGCGCGAACGGAUUGAAGUACCCUCACCCACCGCAUCCACCCAUCAUUCUCAGCAAGGAUCAUCGCGAGAUUCUGGAUUUUUUCGGACUUUCGUUCGAUCGUUGGUCGUCAGGAUUCGUGACGCAGGAAGAAGUGUUCCGAUGGGUCACCUCCAGCCGACUGUUUGACCCCUCACGUUUCAGCUCUGCGGGACAGAAGGUCAAGCCAGUGCGAAAGAUGUACCACAAUUUCAUUCAACAGGUGAAGGGACUCGAUUCUGCUCUGGACAGUCUCCCCACCUCGCAGAUGUCGCUCGGUCUUGACAACGCGAUCAAUCGACGCGACGAAGUGCGGGCAGAGGCCCUCGUACAUUUUGGGAAGAAGUCUGAAUUGGAGGAGUUCCUUCAACAAGUGAGAACUCGAGAAACGGUUAAGGGGAUAUUCAAUGGUCACAAUGUUAACGAGUGGACACAACUGGGAGGACGUUGGAAGAGCGUGAAGUUGGUGAUGGAUGCUGUAAGGGAAAAAUACGGCGGUGAACGUGGAUUGAUGGAUAUCAUAGAAACAGAGGGGGAAGAAGGUAUUAAGAAACGGGUACUGGAAGCCUCAAAAGUUCUGGAAACCACAUGA